UCAACACAAAAUGUUUCAUAUCUCGAUCGAAAUACGGUCUAAUUUGGUAAAUAAAUGAUAAGCUUAUCAAACAGAAUAUGGUACACGCAAGCUGAAUAUAAAUAAAAGUAUUUGUAAAGUAUUGAAUUGUAUUUCAAGCAUGAAAAUAUUAUAUUUAAUAUUAUUUUCAAUACUAUGUUUUGGCUGUCGUAUUCAUUUUGCAAUAAGAGUAUACAAAAAGGCGGAUAUAAUAAAGCUGAGGGAGGAGGUACGAGAAAUGUUUCAACAUGCAUAUGAUAGUUACUUAAGAUACGCUUAUCCAUAUGAUGAGCUUCGCCCCUUGAGUUGCGAUGGCAUGGACACCUGGGGUAGCUAUUCUCUCACACUCAUUGAUGCUUUAGACACUUUAGCCAUAAUGGGAAACUACACAGAAUUCAAUAGAGUGGCAGAUAUUCUAUUACAAAAGAAGAAUUUUGAUGCAGACAUCAAUGUGUCUGUGUUUGAGACUAAUAUAAGAGUUAUUGGUGGAUUAUUGAGUGCGCAUCUUUUGUCACACAAAACUGGUAUGGAACUAGAACCUGGCUGGCCAUGUAACGGACCAUUGCUCCGAUUAGCUGAAGAUGUUGCACAGCGGUUGAUAGUGGCUUUCGACACAACAACUGGUAUGCCUUACGGUACAAUAAAUAUGAGAUCAGGUGUACCCCCAGGGGAGACUAGCGUGACAUGCACAGCUGGUAUUGGUACAUUUAUUGUCGAGUUUGGAACAUUAAGUCGACUUACUGGAGAUCCUUUGUAUGAAGAGGUGGCAUAUAAUGCUUUGAUGGCUCUGUACCAUCACAGGUCACCUAUUGGUUUAGUAGGAAAUCACAUUGAUGUAAUGUCAGGCCGCUGGACUGCUCAGGAUGCAGGCAUUGGAGGUGGCGUUGACUCAUAUUAUGAAUAUUUGGUUAAGGGAGCAAUAUUACUAGAGAAGCCUGAACUAAUGUCAAUGUUCAUAGAAGCUCGUCAAGCCAUUGAAAAGUACUUGAAGAAGGACGAUUGGUUUGUGUGGGCCACGAUGUUGCGUGGCCACGUCACGCUGCCUGUGUUUCAAUCCCUCGAGUCCUUCUGGCCCGGACUGCUUAGUCUCAUCGGUGAAAGUGACUCGGCGAUGCGCACCAUCCACAAUUAUCACAGCGUUUGGCGACAGUAUGGUUUUACUCCUGAAAUGUAUAACCUGGGCACGGGCGAGGCUUCCUCCUCGAGAGAGAGUUACCCCUUGCGGCCUGAACUCAUAGAGUCUAUUAUGUAUUUGUACCGAGACACGAGGGACCCGAUACUGUUGCAGAUGGGCGAGGAUAUACUGAGGAGUAUACAGCACAGUGCUAGAACACCAUGCGGAUAUGCUACUAUUAAAGACGUUCGUGACCACCGCAAAGAGGAUCGCAUGGAGUCGUUCUUCCUUUCAGAAACUACAAAGUACUUAUACUUAUUAUUCGACCCGGACAACUUUAUACACAAUCCGGGAGUGCAAGGCAAGGUCAUCAAUACGCCAAAUGGUGAAUGUAUUGUGGAUGUUGGCGGCUAUAUAUUCAACACAGAGGCUCAUCCUAUCGACCCGACAAUGUUGUAUUGUUGUCACGAAGCUAGACAAGGGAUAAAUAUAAGCGAAGUUCACAGGAUAUACCAAAUUUUAGAAGAGGAAGAUAACAUCAAAUUUAUGACAAUGAUCGAAGCGACGGCUAAAAAAGAUGUAAAAAAUGAAACUCAAGAACAAGUUUCAGAAGAUAUUUCAUUAAAGGAUAAAGAUCUCCCUGCUGAUAAUUCUGAAAGUGUAGAAAUCAAGUCUGAUUAUAAUCAGGUGUUAAUAAAAACAGAGACGAAGACUGGCUAUGUCAAUAUAGACGGAACUGAAAUAGACAAUACCAUUACAGAAUCUAAUUUGAUGGAAAUAGUUAAAGAACGCAUUAGCUCCUACUACAAUGAUACGAUGAAUAUAGCUUCCACAGAAGCAUCAGAGGGUAAAGCGUCAGACGAUGUUGUCGAAGCUACAGUGGAAGUAGAUGACAUUAUAGUACCUCAAAUACCUCAAGAGCAAGAAAAAUUGCAACCACCAAGCGUAACAAAAGCAAAGGAGACAAUUAAGAUGUUGCCAAAAGUUAUACAAGAUUUUUUAAACAGUGAUUGGAAAUCCAAACCUAAAUGCGAACCGCAGAGAAUGUUAGAAAGAAUUCGUAAAGAGAAGAAAUAUCCUGAUCAUCCUGAUGUGAAUAAAUAUCAAUAUCUAUUAACACCAGCGCCAUCUUUCUUACAAAGGAUAUCGUUAGCGGGGGAAUUUUUAAACAAAAAACAUUUAGAAUUGUGAUAGAUUUUGUAUAGUGCGUUUCUACAAGCAUAGAAUAUUUAAUUCAUACGCUAACCGUCGAGAUUAAUAUACUGUCCUAGCCGCUGUCCGCGGAUCGACAGCAAAAGUGGACUUUGUUUGACAUAAGUAGUUCCAAAUUACUUAUUUAAUUGGUUCAUGUAAUACGACCGUAAUCUCUAACGUCGAAUCAUUGUUUUACCAUUGCUUCUAUGUUUGGAAUUGCGAUCGUUUAUUGAAAUCGGCGGUAUGUAAUUAAUAUUAAAUAAAUCCACAUGUUAACGUGGGAUUUGAACUUGCGGCGUUCAUCGCGCAUUAGCUGUUACAGAAUUUGCAAAUAUUGAUUGCGUCCAUUGUCCUAUUAUUAUUUUACUGUGUUAUUUAUUAAAUAUUGUACCUAUGUUGUAAAAUGUUAAAUGUUCAUUGUAAAUAGAACGGAUUACAUUUCAAAAGUUGAUUUGAUAAAAUAACUAGCGGCUUAACCGUGCCGUUUUAAAUUUUUCUAUUCGGUGUUACGAUUCCUUGGUACGUGUUUUUAUGUGUCAAUUUGUAUCGUUUAGUUAAUUUUAUAUUUCAUUUAUCGUGAUGAAUGCAUUUAUAAGACUUAAGUGUAGUCAUUUCUUGUCACUCUAAAUAAAUUAUUUUAUAAAAUUUAAAA